AAAAAAAAAAAAAAAAAAAAAAAAAAAAACGCUGCUAUUUAAUCGGAGCAUUAAUUUUUUUUGAAAAAAAAUUCAAUUGAACACUUCAAGAGAUAGUCCAUAGUAUAUGGCGGUUUUGUGACAGGGUUAUGGAGCUGUUUCCCGAUCACUGUUCGGUGGUUUUCUGAGCGGUUUUGGGUGCUAGGGGCAGGAUGGGAGGUGGUGUGAAGAGUUACUCGGUGAGUCCCACCGAUUACAAGCUUCUCGAAGAGGUCGGUUAUGGUGCGAGUGCGACUGUGUUUCGGGCGAUCUAUCUUCCUUUCAAUGAAGUUGUGGCCGUCAAGUGUUUGGAUCUCGAUCGCUGCAACAGCAAUCUGGAUGACAUUCGCAGGGAGGCUCAAACAAUGAGUUUGAUAGAUCAUCCCAAUGUAAUUAGGGCAUAUUGCUCAUUUGUUGUUGACCGAAACCUUUGGGUGGUCAUGCCAUUCAUGGCUGAGGGUUCUUGCCUACACCUCAUGAAGAUAGCAUAUCCAGAUGGAUUUGAAGAGUUUGCUAUUGGUUCUAUCCUCAAAGAAACUCUGAAGGCUCUGGAGUACCUGCAUGAACAUGGACAUAUCCAUCGUGAUGUUAAGGCUGGAAAUAUACUACUUGAUACUAAUGGGGUGGUAAAGCUUGCUGACUUUGGUGUUUCAGCUUGCAUGUUCGAUAAAGGUGAUAGGCAACGCUCAAGAAAUACUUUUGUAGGAACUCCAUGCUGGAUGGCACCAGAGGUGUUGCAGCCCGGAAGUGGAUAUGAUUUCAAGGCUGACAUUUGGUCAUUUGGAAUUACUGCAUUGGAGUUGGCUCAUGGUCAUGCACCCUUUUCGAAGUAUCCACCAAUGAAGGUUCUAUUAAUGACCAUACAGAAUGCUCCUCCUGGACUUGAUUAUGAUCGUGACAAAAAGUUCUCUAAGUCUUUUAAAGAGAUGGUUGCAAUGUGUUUGGUGAAAGAUCAGACCAAGAGGCCAGCUGCAGAAAAGUUAUUAAAACACUCCUUUUUCAAACAUGCUAAGCCUCCUGAGCUUUCUGUGAAGAAACUCUUUGCUGACUUGCCACCUCUGUGGAAUCGUGUGAAAACCCUCCAGAUUAAAGAUGCUGCACAGCUAGCACUGAAGAGAAUGCCUUCAGCAGAACAAGAAGCAAUAUCACAGAGUGAGUACCAGCGAGGUGUUAGUGCUUGGAACUUCGAUAUUGAGGAUUUAAAAGCCCAAGCAUCCUUGGUGCAAGAUGAUGAUGAAAUACAAGAAAUCAGGGAAGAAGAUGAAAGAAUGAAACCAGUUGUAAAUAAUAAGGAUGCAUCUUAUUCGAGAGUUGGUUUGCGAAAAUCAAUUUCCACAAAUUACACUAUUUGCAGUGAACAAACAAGUGGUGGUGAAUUUCCUCCAACUCAGUGCUCGAGCAAUGAGGGGAAAAUUCCAGAAAGUGAUUUACUCCAGUCUGACUAUCAAGGGAAAAUUGAUCUGGAGAAAAAUGGAUCAAGAACAGAGUUGCCACCAUCGACCUCAGAGAAGGAUGCUGCACAAGGCAAAGCUAAAGCUCCAUCUGGGAAAAGUCGCCAGACUCAGAGUGGGCCACUCAUGCCUGGUAUUGUGCUAAGUCAUUCAGCAUCAGAAAGGGGGCGUAUUUUUGAAAGGUGUGAGAAUGAAAAUCAACCAUUAGCUGAAGGACCACUACGUGAGGUACGAAGAGCACCCAGCUUCAGUGGUCCAUUGAUGCUUCCGAACCGAGCUUCAUCAAACAGUUUGUCAGCUCCCAUAAAAUCUUCAGGAGGGUUCAGAGAUUCUUUGGAGGAUAAGUCAAAAACCAAUUUGGUGCAAAUAAGAGGGCGGUUCUCAGUAACUUCAGAGAAUGUAGAUCUUGUAAAGGAUAUUCCAUUGUGUACAGUUCCUCGACGAUCUUCACAGGGUUCACCACUAAGGAAGUCUGCUAGUGUCGGGGACUGGAUAUUUGAUUCCAAACAAAUGCCUGUAGGUCAGUUGCCCAAGGAAAUGUGUAACAGUAAUGUACCUGCAUCACUUCUCAUGCCCCACCUUCAAAACCUUUUCCAGCAGACUUCAAUUCAACAGGAUCUAAUUUUGAAUUUGUUGAAUAGCUUACAACCUGUCGAGGUAGCGGAUGCUUCACAAAAUGGAAAGUUGCCCCCAUUAGCUUGCAGUUCAGAGAACAAUGGGAUUGUUGAAUCACCAAUUUCUGAAAGGGAGCGAUUACUACAAAUCAAGAUUUCUGAGCUCAAUGCUAGGAUGAUUAACUUGACCCAUGAAUUGAAUGCGGAAAAAUUGAAGUUCAUACAAUUGCAACAACAGCUAAAUGCUGUGCCUGAGCGGGAAGAUCGGGAUAGAAUAGAAGGGGAUGCUUGAAUGCCAAAAAUUUUGAUGCGAGUGUAAAGUAAGAGCACCAUGUAUAUUCAGAAAGAAGUGGACCAGCAUUCAUGUUUCUGGAAUUGUGUCUUUCUUCAACCUGUGUUGAUUAAGAUUUCUGUGAAAGAUUCCAGCCUCCGCAAUGAUAAAUAAACAAAAUAAUCAGCUGAGCAAGAUACCAUUUCUUUUCAUUUAUUAUGAUAAAUUAGAAAGAGCUCCUUCCUGUGCAGAGUCAUGUAGAUACUCCCUGGUUGAUUGGUUGUUCGCUUCAAGCAGUCACAGUGAAAUAGAAGGUUAUGGAGGUGUUCAAUUUGUAUCAUCAAAACCCAUAUGUAUCAUUUUUAAGUUUAGCCAUGACAUUAAUGUUAUUUUGUUAAUAUGUAAUUAGUACAAGGGCUUGAGCUUGUGUUGGCAUAAUGUACCCUCUCUCUCUUCAGAACUUUCAUCUUUGCUAUGAUCAUUUGGCAAUCCUGUUUUUGCAA